CUUUUAGCUCUUAGCUUCUUGCAUUCCUUAGGCUUGGUAACAGGCCUCACUGUGACCUAUAAAGUUGACUGCAAAUUGAGACUUGUAAAUGCUUUUGGUUCUUGCUUGUUAAUUUAUUUACAUAAUUGAUUUCUCUUGCAAUUGAGUUUGAAUCAUUCUCUCGGGAUACCGUGUUCCAAAACUGAGUUUUAGUCAAUUAGACAAUUGAGCCUUGUGAUUGUUGUUCACUGAAAUAAUAAUAAAGGUGUUUCUCUGAUCACUGAUUGAAGUGGUGGAGUUAUACAAAUUUUUGAUAGAGUUACUUCCCUAGAGAGGAUUUUCUGCUUUGCUUUUUCUUCCACUUCUUUUGCAUAGAAGCAGAUUUAAGUUACUGAUAGGGGAAAGAGGGAGACAGUGAAAGCUUGAUAGAUAGAAGAGACCAGGCCAUAGUGAUUAGGAGCUAAAGAAUUUGGUUCAUUCUCUAGAUAUAUAAAGGAGUGAAGUAGGAAAAUAGUUGAUGGAGAUGGAGGGAAGAGCAUACUCAGAGUUAUACAGAAACACAAGUGAAGAACUGUUUAUUAAAACCAUGAUGGAGAGCUCAAUAGGGAUGCCAAUUCCAACCAUGGAGAUGUUGGGCUUUAAGAAUCUAUCUCAGAACUUCAGAGCAGAUAGCGAGGAACUCUUUAAGAGUUGGCUCACAAAUGGAGAGAACAAUGGCUGCAGUCCUGCUGGCAUUGCACAUCGUACCCGGCAAGCAUCAAGGAGGAUCUCUGCUGAAGCAUCCAAUUUGUCAAGCCAACAACAUGGAGGAGUGUUUCCGAAAAAAAGAAGUGAUGAGAUCUUGUUCCCACAGAAUACUUUCAAUGCAGGCGAAAAUUUGAAUGAACUCAACCAACAUCCAGUCAGGAAUGCAGUUGAAAAAGAAGUGCAAGCGAGCAAUUUGUUUCUAGCUAAGGCUUGGUUUCAUAGUUGCCAACCUAUGACGAGAAGUCGUUCCUCAGAAUUGAGUAGGAAGAGGUAUGCUGCCCUGCAAACUUCACAGCCAUCUGUUGCUAUGGAGACCAUGUCUAAUAUAUCAGAGAAUGGCAUUAACAACUUCAAACAAGAAUAUACAAAUCCAAAUGGAUUCAACAAUGUGUCAAUGGGUGAGAUGCCGAAUCAAGUGAAUACAUUUAUGUCUCCAUCCAACUCAUCUUCCUCUAAUUUCAACACUCCACAAGGGGGGAAUGUAGACAACAUUUCUUCUGUUGUGACCAUGCUCAAGGGUACACUGGAGCGUAAGAAACUUGGUAACUCGGUUGAGAAAGAAGCUGUUGAUGACAGUUCUUUUGGAUGUUAUGGUUCUGAAGAAGUCUUUGGUAACACAGUCCUGAAUCAAGAAAGAAAUCAGGCAUAUGAGAUGCAAGGAACUUUUCAUGACUUAUCUGCAGUUCAAAUUACAGAGGCUGGAAUUAUGCAAACAGUUGAAGGGUCAUUUGGUUUUGGCCUCGAAGGCAUGAUUCCUCACACAAAUGUUAUUCAGAUGAGUAUAGUAUCUCGAGAACCUUCCCAAAGUGAAUCCUCUGCUGCUGCACCUGUAGUUUCAACUGGUUUUGAAGUAUGUGAUGGACCUAGUACCUCAGGUCAAGCUCCUACUGUCUGUGAGAGCUCUAGGAAGCAUGUGGAUUAUGCAAGGAGUUCAGAAUAUGGUUCUAGAAUUAAAGAUGUCAGAGAGCGUAUGUACAAUAACUUGAAAGAUGAUAAAAAGAAAGAAGGCUUAGUUCGAUAUGGAUCUGUAACAUCAGCUGGUUCAGUUGAACAAGGAGAUCCCACUAAGAAGCGCAGGGUGGAGAGGUCUCGAAAAAUGGCAGAAGCGAAGGAAAGAAAUUUGACACCUGCAGUUCCUUCUGAUAUGCUAUCCAUUUUGAAGAGAUGUGAAAACCUUGAGAAGGAAGUGCGCUCACUGAAACUCAACUUGUCUUUCAUGAACAGGAAGGACUCUGAGCAAACCAAGCAGAUAGAAGAGCUUCAGAAGCAGAAUGAGGAUUUGGCAAAAGAAAAAGAGCGGCUUCUUGAAGAAAUUGAGCGUAUCAUUUCUGAAACAGCCAAGAUGUAACACUUUCUUUAGUCUCGUGCCCCCCAAUCAACCUUAAACAUUGUUGAAGAUUUAUCUUCAUCUUGAACCCUUUUUGAGCAAAUGCACCUUAUCAAUAUUUACUAGGAAAAGCAUUCUCCAGAUUUGUUAUACUCAGGCCUUGUGUCAUGGAACAUGCCAUCAUAACUAGCUAGUCCCAAAUGGCAGUUUUUUGUUAAGUUCACUUAGCUCAGUGUACAUAGAAAUUUUGGAUAGUUUCUAUAUCAAAGAGCUAAGAUGCAUUGUAAACUGUUACCUGCUCAAGGGACACUUAUGAGCCUGUUCUCUAGAAUGCAAUUUGUCUUCCUUUC